CAGGAUAUAGCUGGAGGAUUGCAUCUGUAGCGCCGUGGGAGAUAACCUGACACAAAGCAGGCAUGCUCAAAAUGCCAUCAUCACAAACUUUUUUCUCUUCUUCUGGGAACACAUAGCUGCCCAACUUUUCUGUGCAAGGUGAUAUGUGAGCAAAGAGUCUCCAGCCAUGCAGCUGAAUGAGAGUGGAGUUCAAACACUGGCUCCAGAGCCAUGUGAGCAGCAACUGCUACAGGAGGACAACGCCACCAGCAACCUGUCGCUGCAUUGCUGGCUCCAGCUCCUCACUAAGGAAUCUAUCAUGGAAUUUCAAGGAGACAGCUCCAGCCUGGUGGUGCGUGUGAUGAUAGCAUGUGUCUACUCUAUAGUCUGUGCACUCGGGCUGGUAGGAAACUCACUGGCUCUGUAUCUGCUGCAUUCGCGUUACAGGCAGAAGCAAUCAUCCAUCAACUGCUUUGUGAUGGGACUGGCUAUCACGGACCUCCAGUUUGUUCUGACUUUACCAUUCUGGGCAGUGGACACAGCCUUGGACUUUCGCUGGCCAUUUGGCCGUGUGAUGUGCAAAAUCAUCAGUUCUGUAACCACCAUGAACAUGUACGCCAGUGUGUUCUUCCUCACAGCGAUGAGCGUGGCACGUUAUUACUCUAUCUCCUCCGCCCUGAAGAUGCACAGCCGGCGGGCAGCAGCCACCAGGGCCAAGUGGACGAGUCUGGGCAUAUGGGCUAUCUCUCUGCUGGCCACUUUGCCUCAUGCCAUCUACUCCACCAGCGCCCAGGUGUCAGAUGAGGAGCUUUGCCUGGUGCGCUUCCCAGACUCAGGUAGCUGGGAUCCACAGCUUCUUUUGGGUCUAUACCAGCUGCAAAAGGUCCUGCUGGGCUUCCUUAUCCCUCUGGUCAUAAUUACUGUCUGCUACCUGCUGCUACUCCGUUUCAUCCUCAGCCGACGCAUUACAGGCGCAGCGGGCCCAGAAAUUGAGCAGGGCCGGCAAAACCGUCGCUCCAAAGUGACUAAAUCCAUUGUCAUUGUGGUUCUGUCCUUCUUUCUGUGCUGGCUUCCCAAUCAGGCACUGACACUGUGGGGAGUCCUCAUAAAGUUUGACCUUGUACCCUUCAGCAAGGCCUUCUACAAUGCCCAGGCCUACGCCUUCCCCCUGACCGUGUGUUUGGCACACACCAACAGCUGCCUCAACCCUGUGCUCUACUGCCUGAUUCGCCGGGAGUUUCGGGCAGGUCUCAAGGAGCUCCUCCUCCACGCCACGCCAUCCUUCAGGAGUUUGACUCAUCUGCUGCGUCGCAAGGCCAAAGUGGCUGAGGCACCGCCUGUUUUGGUUCUGGUCCAAAUGGAUGUCUGAGCUAACUGUGACAGAUGAGUUGACUAAUUCACAAAGUAAAUAAUCAGUGAGAGCUGCCCGUCAGUUCCAUUGAUCUGAGGACAUUUAUCAUGGCGAUACAUUCAUCUCAACUUUGUCAACACAAAAUAUCAAAUAUCUUUUUGGCUUUUGAAAACAACAUAAUCAUAACGAUGAACUACACAGUGGGAUGUGCCCCACUUUCACUGCAUGCUCCAAGAUUCACUCUGCUGCAAAUUGUUAUACAAUUGUUUUACAAUGACUCUCUCUCUCUCUCUCUCUCUCUCUCAUUCUGUCUGCCUUUGACAGGCAAUACCACUACUGCUUUCUGGUAAUUUGUCAUGACUGUGUUUCGAUGUUUGUCAUAAAUGUGAUUCCAGUAGUUGCAGAAUUCAUGUCUGAGAUGACCUCUAAAUUGUAAACCUUUUUUUUUUUUUUUUUAAAUUUGAUUUGCCACAGCAACAGCAUCAUGAGUGGGAUUAGUCAUUCAUUGCACUCAGUGCAUGAGUACUUUACUGACAAAACUGACUGAGGGAAUUAUUUUCUAACAUCAACAGUAAAUAAUGGCAGAGACGUUUAAAACAACAACAGAAUAUGACUAAUGAGGGAGCUUCACAAUGUUUCUCGCCAGUUGCUGUGUUUGUGUUUGUUCUGUGGUGCAACUGUGUACAUUGUUUCAUGCAGUAAUAGCAAAGUGGAAAAAAAUGAAACCAAAACUAAUAAAUUAAAAAGUAGACUAAUAGUGGAUCGUAGUAUUUGCUAUAUCUAAAAGAGUGCAAAAAAGCAAUGUAACUGAAAAGCCUGUCAAGGACAAACACUGCACAACAACAACAGUGACAACUCUAAGAAAUAGCCAUGGCCUUACAAUGCCACCCCUAUACAAUCACUGACCCCACCAAUGUCUCCUACAUGCAAGUGACGUAUACAUUAUGUAUGUUUCUGAGUAAUGCUAUGUAUAAGCUUCCCUCUGAUGAUUUACAUCAGGUAUUAUUCAUUUAAAUCAAUAGUGUAUAUUUUUCAUAGAAGGUAUGUGAACGUAGAUGUAUGUGUCCUCAACUUGAGGUUGAGUUGAGAACAAUACAUGCAACAAAUAUUACACUAUAUACAGAUGAGCUGAGAAUAUAGAUGUAUCCUACUGUAUGCACACAAAUAGAGAAAUGUAUGCUUGCUCUUGCUCUCCCUCUGACCACACACACUCAUACAUACACACCCACGCAACGUACAUCUGGGCGCAGUUUUCUCAUAGCUGUAAAUGUGUCAAAUUGAAUCAAAUAAUGACAGAUUUGUGUAUUGUUGCAACAUAUUCAAGCCAGGCCAUUCAAAAAUGAUUAAGCAUAUUUCAGUGAGCAGUCAGUCGAUGCAAACACAAGCCUUUCCUUCCUCUGUUAAAUAAAUCAUUAUGUAUAUUGAAAGCCGCACAUAACUGACAUGAUAAUGUGAUCUCCUGUGAAUAUGUUGUGUCUCUGUGCUCUAUCAUGACUAUGACUAUCCCUGUUAUCUUUUAUAGAAGGCAUUUGUUGUUUCGAUGUUUCAAUGGAAAAUUAUAUUAAAUGACACACUGUAAAUGAAAUGAAGUAAAGAUUAAAGUCCCUCAACCUGAACUAUCUGGAG